GCUAAAAACCCAAGGAACUUGUUUGAAGUUAUUCACUUCAAGUAAACUCAAACUGAUUAAUAUGAAUCGAAAGAUAAUUUUCUCUUUUCUCGCCAUUUUCAUAUUUUUAACUGUAGCUAUGGUUAAUGUUGAUGCAGGUGGCUCCGUAAUCUUCCUGGACCUUUGUGAUCCCGAACAGCCUGAUAAGUUUUUGGGACCUUGUGAUGGGCUCUGCCCCGGUGGAAAUAAAAUCGAAAGCCCAUCAGGUCUAUGCUGUUGCGAUGCAAUCUAGUUCUUCCUCCAAGAAAAAUAAGGAAAAGCCUGAAAAAGUAAAAGAAAAAUUAUCAUUUAUUGGUCGUUUGUUAAUUCUUUUAUUAAUAAAAGCUUUUAUCAUCAUAUAAACUUCAAA